AUGAGGCAGUUCCUUGAUGCCGGCAAGCACGUGCUCGUCGAGUACCCCAUGACCCUGUCUCUCGUGGCAGCCCAGGAACUGUGGGCCCUGGCCGAGCAGAAAGGAAAAGUCUUACAUGAAGAGCAUGUGGAACUCUUGAUGGAGGAAUUUGCAUUUCUGAAAAAAGAAGUGGUGGGGAAGGAGCUGCUGAAAGGGUCCCUUCUCUUCACAGCUACUCCCCUGGAAGAACAGCGGUUUGGCUUCCCUGCCUUCAGCGGCAUCUCUCGCCUGACCUGGCUGGUCUCUCUCUUUGGGGAGCUUUCUCUUGUGUCUGCCAACCUGGAAGAGCGGAAGGAAGAGCAGUAUAUGAAAAUGACUGUGUCCCUGCAGACCAAGAACAAAUGUCCGCUGACGUGGAUUGAAGAGAAAGGGCCUGGCCUUAAGCGAAACAGAUAUUUAAGCUUCCAUUUCAAAUCUGGGUCUCUGGAGAAUGUCCCAAAUGUGGGAAUCAAUAAGAACAUUUUCCUGAAAGAUCAAAAUAUUUUUGUCCAGAAACUCUUGGGCCAGGUCUCUGAGAAGGAGCUGGCUGCUGAAAAGAAACGCAUCCUGCACUGCCUGGCGCUGGCAGAAGAAAUCCAGAAGGUCUGCCGUGCCAAGAAGUAAGAGGAGGAAGCGGCAUGGUGCCUCGCGGUUGGGAACAGCAUUUGGGCUUCAUCACGAGUCGACCUUUAAUGCUGUUCUUCUGAUUAAACACAACACGCUGGGUACACAGGA